CCUUAUGUCAUGAUUGUGUUGCUGGAAGAAAAGAAAGUUUUAACUUCAUGUGUUUGAGUUUCACCAUUUCAUAUUUUUCUGGGAUUUGACUCAAUUAACAUUAUUUUCCAAUUCAAUAUAGUGGCAAGAAAAGUUCCUCUUUCCAAUGACUGCUUCGGAACUUUCGCGGGUUCCCGAGAAUGGCUCGCAAUACGAUUCAAAUGACUCCGACAGCAAAAACAAAGUAACUACUAAGAAAACUAGAAAACGAGGGGUUGUUUACUUAUCUACAAUACCUCCGUUUAUGAAUGUGGCGAAGAUCCGUGAAAUAUUUAGCGAAUUUGGUGAUGUGGGAAGGAUAUUCCUUCAACCAAGUGGAAAAAUAGGUGAAAAACGUAAGCGGGUUCCAAACCAGUUCACAGAAGGAUGGGUGGAGUUUGAAAAGAAGAAGGUUGCUAAACAAGUGGCACUCAAACUGAAUAACACUAAAAUAGGCACAAGAAAGAGGUCACGCUACUAUGACAUGAUGUGGAACAUCAAAUACAUCCCGAAGUUCAAGUGGAUACAUUUAAGCGAGCAACUGGCAUACGAGAGAGCCGCUAUGAAGCAGAGACUCCGGGCUGAGAUAUCACAAGCUAAGAAAGAAGCCCAUUAUUUGCAGAGUAAUGUUGAGAAGAGUAAAAAGAUAAAAAAACAGAAAAUGGUCACUCCUGAUGAAUAAACUUUAUUAAAAUUA